CAGCCAUCGCCUCGCCACAUCAUCGUAGCCAUGAUUCUGGAAUCUUCUGUCUACCUGGCAUGUGUGCUACAUCCGUUGAUCUGAGAAAAACCCCAAUUGUUCGAAUUUAGGGUUUGGCUGUGAUCUAUUACUGAAGUCUAUUGAUUCUCCGCCAUCUUCAGAGUUGAGAAAAUGGCGACUGAACCGAAAGCAGCAGUUAGUGAGGACGUUAAGAUGGACCUCUUUGAGGAUGACGAUGAAUUUGAAGAGUUUGACAUCAAUCAAGAGUGGGAGGAGAAAGAGGAAGGGAAAGAGAUGACACAACAGUGGGAAGAUGAUUGGGAUGAUGAUGACGUCAGUGAUGACUUCUCCCUGCAGCUGAGGAGGGAACUGGACAACAAUGCUGAUAAAAACUAAACUUUCUAGCUAGUCUCUGUAUUGGUAUCGUUUAUCAGCUGAAGAUAGUUGCUUUUCUCCAUAUUAGCCCGGGGAAAGAAUGUCUGAUCAGAAACAGGAACUCUUUUCCAAUUUUAGGCUUUCCUGUACCUUUCUGGUUUUUGAAGUGGAACUUAAUUUGAUGCACUAAGCUUUCUUUGCA